GGGGUAGCGUGCAGUGGCCGCGUCCUCCUCCGCCAACUGCCUCUUUUUUUUUUUUUUAACUUGUAGCAGAAGUGCGGAUGUGAGUUGCAUGUUGAUGGGUAGCACAGCAGCUUCAAUAUUUUUUUUAACGAUGCAGUUUUAGGAGGACCGCGGAGCUAUGAAUCCAGAGGAGCAGACGGUAACGUGGUUGAUCUCGCUGGGGGUGCUCAGCUCGCCCAAAAAGAACAUAGCGGACCCGGAGGAGUUUCUAAAAGCAUCCCUGAAGGAUGGGGUCGUCCUGUGCAAGCUCACGGAGCGCCUCAUACCCGACUUCACUCCCAAGUGUUCUCAAGAACCAAGAACUGAAGCGGAAUGCAUCUCCAACAUCCGAGAGUUUUUAAGAGGAUGCUCGUCCUUGAAAGUAGAGGGCUUUGAACCAGAGUGGUUAUAUACUGGAGAGAAUUUCGGCAAAGUUCUGGCUACUUUGAUGGCAUUCAAUUUUGCUACACAAGACUGUGCUGCUGAGAGAUGUCCACAGUCUGCAUCGUCUUCCCCUAACCAGGCGACUUCCUUACAGACACAGGGCUCCAUCAAAUCCAAAGGCUCUCUAAGAAGACAAUCCAAAUCAGUGGAAAUGUCGGAGAACGGCGGUGGCGGACAGCUGAUGGUAAAGGCCCGCUUCAACUUCAAGCAGAACAAUGAGGACGAGCUGUCCUUCAACAAAGGCGAGGUGAUCCUGGUGACGCGGCAGGAGGAAGGAGGAUGGUGGGAGGGCUCGCUCAACGGCAAGACAGGCUGGUUUCCCAGUAACUACGUCCGCGAGGUCAAACCCUGUGAAAAGCCAUUGUCUCCUAAAGGGACUCCGCUGACCAAGAACUAUUACAUGGUGGUGGUCCAGGAUAUCUUGGAACAUGAGCGAGAAUUUGUCAAAGAACUGCAAACAGUUUUGACAUGUUACUUGCGACCCUUACAAGCCUGCGACAAGCUGCCCAGUGCAGACAGCGCCACCCUGUGUGGGAACCUGGAAGAGAUUCUCACCUUCCAGCAGGACCUGUGCUCAGCUUUAGACGAUUGUACAAAAGUCCCAGAGGGGCAGCAGAGGGUGGCAGCCUGCUAUUUGAACCUCAUGCCUCAAAUCAAGAACCUUUACCUAACCUACUGCUCCAGCCAUCCCUCAGCUGUCUGCAUCCUGACAGACCACAGUGAGGAGCUCGACAAGUUUAUGGAAAGCCAGGGAGCCAGUUCUCCAGGAAUCCUGAACCUGACCACCAGCCUCAGCAAGCCUUUCAUGAGGCUCGACAAAUACCCCACCCUGUUGCAGGAGCUGGAGAGGCACGUUGAGGAAGCUCAUCCAGACUACACUGACAUUUUAAAAGCUACUGCAGCCUUCAGGAGCCUCGUGGCACAGUGCCAGGACCUGCGAAAGCGCAAGAAUCUAGAAAUCCAGAUCUUGUCUGAGCCAGUGCGAGGCUGGGAGGGAGACAGUAUGAGGAGCCUGGGACAAGUGUCCUACAUGUCCCAGGUCCAUAUGAGAAACGGGGGCAGCGAGGAAAAAGAGGAGCGAUACCUGAUGCUAUUCCCAAAUUUGUUGGUAAUGCUCUCCGCCAGUCCUCGGAUGAGUGGCUUCAUUUUUCAGGGAAAGCUCUCACUAGCAGGAACCACAGUAACCAGGCAUGUGGAAGAAGAAGCUUUUGACAUCACAGGAGGCAUGAUGGAGCGCAUUACCGUGUUCUGCAGCAGUGCCCAGGACUUGCAGGAAUGGCUAGAGCACUUACAACCUUUCACCAAAGGAGGAAGUCCUGGUAGCACCAUCACAAAGAGUGUUGAUGUGAAGCCACCAAGCAUGGUCGGUGCCCCCACCCCUGUGUCCCACCCGGGCAGUUUCAGCGCUGCCAGUCGUGGACCACUGGAGCCGCCAAAGACCAGCAAACCCUGGUCUCUAAGCUGUCUGCGCCCGGCUCCGCCUCUAAAGCCCUCCGCUGCCCUCGGCUACAAGGAGAGGAUGUCUUAUAUCAUGAAGGACUCCAAGAGCCCGCGGCCGAUGAAGAAGUUCCUACCUGGCAACAGGAAGAAAGAGCGCAAGCCAUCUGAUGAUGAAUUUCAGAUGAGAAAAAGCAUGGCUGCUCUGGAAGAGGACGCUCAGAUCCUUCGGGUGAUUGAGGCCUACUGCACAGGAGUCAGCCUCCAGACCGCCACAGUGCGGAAAGAGUGCGUCCCUCAGGUUCUUUUGCCGGAGGAAGAGAAAAUCAUUGUGGAGGAAAUGAAGAGCAACGGGCAGACGGUUACUGAGGAGAAGAGUCUGGUUGACGCUGUUUAUGCUCUAAAGGACGAGGUUCAUGAGCUGAAGAAGGAGAAUAAGUGGAUGAAGCAGUUCCUGGAGGAGGAGCAGAAGUCUCGCAAAGAGUUGGAGAGAUUAGUUCGGAAGCUGUCCAAGCAGAAGAACGACUGUGCUUGGGAGGACGGUGGCCAUUAAACCCCUGCAGGCUCUCGUCUUCGUCCUUUUUGCUUGCUUGAGAGCAGGCUUUAGGGCACAGGUGUGUCAUUUCUCGUCUAUGUUGUGUCUUUACAUUUCAGUCAUCGAUAAGCAGAGCUGCAGUGACAACGCUUGAGACUAUUUUCCUUUGACGUUUGGACUUUUCUUGGACCUUCUGGCGGUCUUUCCUAUGAUCCAGCCUUCCCAGCUGAGUCUGAGCACACCGUUGCUCCAGAUCCGUAAAACUGUAAAUCCUUCUCAUGGCAACUGUGAACUCUCCCCAGCAACAGGAACAAACUCAGACGCUCUCAACAUUUUUUGAUAUUUCUUCUGCAAACAGCAAAGAUAAAGCGUCUGUCACUCCUACUCGCUGUUUGAUUACAUCUGCUUCCUUCACAAAGAGGACUAAUAGCCUCUUUCAGAUCAUGACUGUCACUUUCACAUGUUUUGUUUCUUUGUUGUCAUGUUCUCCCCAGCAGGGAAUUGAAACUGCAAUGCUUUCAUUAAUAUGUGGGGCUUGCGGUUAUUGUUUAUUUUUUUUCUGCCAUACUCAUUGGCGUCUCACGUGUUUUUAGCGCUUUGUAGGUAUUUCAGCUUUUGAGCUGGUGAGCUCCGCACUGAAUCCCCUCAUUGACUGUUUAUUUAAAAACUGCAUGAAUGUGUAGCCUUUCUCUAAAAACAGUUCUGCAUCAGAAAUCGAGGAAUCAACAUAUUUAGACGUAGACACCAAAGCUAUCAGGGACACAUUGAAUUAAUACAAGAAAUAUCUCCAUUAUUAUUCUUGGCACAUUCUUGUAAUGUUAAAUAUUACAGGCUAAUAACUGUUUAUUCAAAUAUAUACUCUAAUAUCAUUUGAACAUAUAUGGCCUUGCUUUGUUUGAGAUAUUUAAAGAAAAAUAUCUUUAUUUAUUGUUAACCCAAGCGUUUAAAAGUGGUGUUAGCUUUAUAGAUUUAGAUGGCUGCCUUGAAAUUUGACCUUUUUUAUUGAAAAAUAUGUUUGUAAAAGCAGAAAAAAGUUUAAAAAAGGAAAAAAUCUGUUUAUCAGUCCAUAAAUGGAGAGAUUGUAUAUGUUUGCGUAGAGUAGUUUUCAAAUGUUGAAGUGCCUCCAACAGAGGUCAAUAAAUGGAGCAUUUAAGACCGACGGGACUGAAUGCAUAAGUGGAGUUUGAAAAAACGAAAAAAAGUCGGGGCUUUGCAUGCUUUUUAAGACUCUUCCUCUUUCUGAGGAACCACAGCGGUACGUUUCCUCACGAGCGUGUGCACUGUCCAUGUCCUAUCUAUUUAUGCUGCACUGCAGAGCAGCGGUGAAUGUAGAAAUGCAAUAAGUGACUGCUUUGGGGACUGAUCUGAUUUAUUCAAAACAGCAGAUCAGACAUGGAGAACUUGCAAUAAUAUUAAA